GAUAUCAACGAAACAAGAAUACGACAAAAUUCUGCCGUCGAAAAUUUCCGAAACGAGAUCGCUCUCCUGAACGUCCGAGCCGAACGACAUAAAUCAAAAUGCAAGCAGACGGAAGAAGAAAUGAAAAAAUUCCUUGAAGACCGUUUUACUGGUCAUACCCUUACAGAAUUAAAGAAUCUAUGGCACGAAGAUGUUACGCAUGAAGAAUCCAAAUCCUUAAAGAAAUGGGAAUCCAAGCAAAUUUGGCUCGAGAAGUAUGAAGCUGAAUUUAAACAUGAGAGCUUCCUGAAACCCCCAAGGAAGUACAACGAGAGCAAACCAACGGGAGAUUCGCGACAACAAGAUCGACGCGGUAUGACCGACAAUACGCAUUUACAAAGCAUAAGUAAACAGCUAAACCAUAGGAGAAUGAAUCCCAAACAAUUCGAGAACAACCGUCCCGAUGAGAGAAAGUCUGCAAAAUUUGCCCACAAUCGACCCAGAUACAACGUAACCGCAAUUAAUAAGGAGAGAGUAGGACAAAACCGAUUCCAGCACAACAACACACGCAAUCAUCAUUCCUCGUCGUCACUGCAUCACCAAAUGACAUAUGCUGAGGUCGCGAGAAUUCCUCCAAGAUAUAAUCCACAGCAAGGAAGUACCUACAUCGUUGAUGAUUACGAAAGAAUCCCAAGGAACACUUCUUUUUUAGAACAACAUCCCAUCAAGAGAUAUCCUCCAGAGAGAUCACUCUACCAUCCCAGGGAACGACUACGACAACCGCACAUGACCAACCCCCGUUGA